CUAACAACAAAUAGUAUAUCAGUAAUCUCACAAUUUAUUCAAAAAUAUUAUCCAAGCAAUGCAAAUAUUAUCUGGCAACAAUUAACUGAAUACAAAACCAAAACAGAUAUAUUUAACUUUCAAUUAGCAUGGAAUACAGUUAAUGAUGUUAAUUCUAUUGCUUGGUGGAAAG